AUUAUUAUUUUGUAUUGGAGACACCAAGGUUAUAUGGGAUCAGAGGUCUUGGACAUUGCAAUUUAAACGUAUGCAACACUUUCAAGAAGAGUCAAACAGUGUUCUAUAUAGGUUCCUUUGCAUGUUACCUACUAUAGGGAAACUUCAGUUGUGCGAUUGUUUGUUCGAAGAGAUGUUCUCUGCUGAAAGACCUAAUGCUGAUUACACAAGAGUCCUCUUGCACCUAAAAGAAGUAGAGUUAACUAAUGUGGAUAAUCUCAACUCCAUUGGUUUAGAGCACACUUGGCUACACCCAAUUCCCGAAAAUCUCCAAACAUUAAAAGUAAAAAAAUGUCAUCGUUUAAUAAACUUGGUACCGAACACAGUAUCUUUUUCCAACCUCACAAUUUUGAAUGUAUAUAGUUGUACAGGAAUGCUAUAUCUGUUAACAUCCUCAACAGCCAAAAGCUUGUGUCGACUAAAAGUGAUGGACAUAAAAUAUUGUGAUUCAAUGCAAGAGAUAGUUUCCAUAGAGGGGGAUGAAUCACAUGAAGAUAAAAAAAUAAUAUUUGAGCACCUCCACACUUUGAUUCUAAAAGAAUUAUCACAGCUGAGGUGCUUUUACCCUGGGAAAUUUGCUUUAUGCUUUCCUUCCUUGGAGAAGGUAUCCUUGAUUAGCUGUAGCAGGAUGAAAACUUUCAGUCCAGUCAACAGAAUAGAUCAAACCAAAUUGCCUUCGGGAGUUACAUUCAUCAAAGAUGCAACACCAAAAUGGGAAGGUGAUCUGAAUUCUACAAUACUCAAGAGGUUUGAGGAAGAGACUUCAGAACGUCCACAAAAAGUAACUGUUGUGAGUCUAAAAAAUGAGCCAGUACUACAAGACAUAUGGAAUGGCUCACUGCCAGUCCCACACUUGUGCUUCCAGAAUUUGGAAGAAUUAAUCGUGGAUGGGUGCCAAUUUUCAUCUGAAGUACUACCGUCCCAUUUACUUCCUUUUCUAACAAAAAUGGAAAAGUUGACAGUUCAAAAUUGUAGUUCUGUGAAAACCAUAUUUGAUGUGAAAUGUACAACAGAACACAGAAAAAUGACAACUAAGGGACCAGCUCUGAUUCCCCUCCCUUUUUCUCUGAAGAUAUUGAAUUUAGAGGAGUUGCCAAAUCUGGAGAAUGUUUGGAAUGAAGAUCCUCGUGGAAUUCUAACGACUGAACUGCUAAAAGAAGUAUAUAUUGGCAAGUGUAAAUGCCUUACAAGUUUGUUUCCAGCAUCAAUAGCCAAAGAUCUUGUGAAACUUGAAAAACUACACGUAAAACACUGUGAGGAGUUGACGGCUAUUGUUGCAGAGGAUAAUGCAGAUCCCAAGGAAACAGAUUUAGAGCUCACGUUCCCUUGUACUAUCUCAUUGGCUCUACAAGGACUGCCAAAGCUGAAGUAUUUUUACAGUUCACUGCAUUGUGACAUGUCGAAGCUUAUACCCAACCUGCAGCACUUGUCACUGGGUGAAAAAGAAUUGAAGUUGAUUUUGCAGGGAAGCCUCUUCAACAAAUUAAAAUUUCUUCAUUUUCCGUGCUUUCAUGUUGAAUCAGAUGCAUUUCCAUAUGCAUUUCUACUACAUGUGCCCAAUAUAGACAAGCUUAUGGUGUUCUGUAGUUCCUUCAAGGAGAUUUUCUGCUUCCAAAGACCUGAUGUAGUCUAUACAGAAUUUCUAUCCCAUCUUAAAGUAUUAAUAUUUGAAUUACUUGAGGAUCUCAAUUCCAUUGGGUUAGAGCACUCUUGGGUUGAACCCUUAGUCAAGAAUCUAGAAACAUUGGAAAUAACUAGAUGUUCUCGUUUAAGGAAAAUAGCAGCAUCCCCAGUAUGUUUCUCCAAUCUGAUGCGUUUGAUUUUGUAUGACUGUCAUGGAUUGGUAAAUUUGUUCACAUCCUCAACGGCCAAAACUUUGACUCGACUCAAAACAAUGGAGAUAAUUAAUUGUAAAUCAGUACAAGAGAUAGUGUCUCAUGAGGGUGAUGCAUCACAUGAGGAUGAAAAGUUAAUAUUUGAUGAGCUCCAGAGUUUGAUUCUUAAUGAUUUAUACGAACUCAAGUGCUUUUAUACAGGGAAUUUUACUGUGUGUUUUCCAUCCUUGGAGAAACUGUUUUUAAUCAACUGCUUCAAGAUAGAAACUUUCUGUCCAGGUACCAUUAAUGCAGACAAGUUGUUGGAAGUUAAAUUUCUGGAAUUGUCAGAUGCUGACCCAUUGGACAUUGAUCUCAACUCUACCAUAAGGAAGAGAUUUCUACAAAGGGUGAAGUUCAACUCCAAUAAUUGAUGAAGUAUGACAAAGACAAUUGAUGAAGAGGAACGAAGUUGUCCAGUGUUUCUAUUUUAUUUAAUUUGGAUUUAAUCCAGUGUUACUAUGUUGUGUUUUUGAAAAAUAACUAUGCUUGUGCGGUUUUAAGUUACUUAGUUGAUUGUUCUAUUUAUUAGUGCAACAAUGUGUGUGAUUGAUUAUAUAUUAAGUUAUUGACAGUCAUGAAGAACAAAGAAGACCUGUAUCAGGGAUUAUAUUGUUUUAUAUAUGUACCGUCACUACAUCAAAAUAUA